AUGGCUUCGUUCAAGGAAUUGUCUCUCUCGCGUCCUCUCCCCAACACCACCCCGCGACAACAUGCUCACUCUAUAUCGCUGGGAGCCGUCAAUGCCAACCACCGUAUAACUCGCCGCAAGAGUGUGACCACCGCCGCAGCCAAUGCCGCGGCCGCAGUCGCCGCUUCGAUGAAGGAAGGUGGAGAGGCCGCCUCCCUCCCUAUGGGUGCCGCGCAUCGUCGGAGCCUGGGGGCUCGCAAGGGACUGGAAUCCACUUCGGUCGGCGGUGCCUCUGGGUUUAGUUCGUAUCUCUCUCGAAGCAUGAACAGUCCCAGCCAGGAACCCCCAGUCGCUCGCAAGCCCUCUCCCAGCAACUCCGACGAGGAUGGCAAGUCUAUUCCUAAGGGUCGCAACCGCCGGGCUAGUGAAGGUGCCCACAUGAAGACCGAUGGGAAGCGUGCCCCGGCAGACCUCCGCUGCGACCGUUGCGGGAAAGGAUAUAAGCAUGGCAGCUGCUUGUCCAAGCAUAUGUGGGAACAUGACCCGGCAUGGUCGAUUACCUCGAAACUCCUCAUCUCCAAGCACCAGCAGGUGCAACUGCUUGAGGCUGCUACGGUGCUGGUCAACAUGAACAUGGACGACGACACCCCCGAGCAGUCCCCCGAUGCAGAGUCGGAACUCUCCUCCGCCUCCCCGGAUGCCUCUUCGGUCGUGCGUGAUGGCAUCAGCUCCGCCGAGACUACGCCACCCCCGAUGGACGAGGAGGAAGACGACGACUUUGAGAUGUCCGGCAUGCCCGCCAACUGGACCAAGCGCCCUAGCAUCAGCAACGCCUUCUCUCGCUCCUACCAGUCGAUCCCCUCCAGCUCGUACAACGGCAGCGCCCCACUGCACUCCCCUGCCUUCUCCCACUUCCGCAAGUCGAGCAUCGACACCCGUCCUUCCACGGCAGACACUCGACUUCACGAGGAUGACGAGGCGGAUCUGGCUGCCGCAAUCGGCUUGUGCAACUUCGGCACUCCCCGCACGGGACCCGUGGCCAUGACUCCGGAUGUGCCUCCCGUUCCUCCCUUGCCAGCUCGUUAUCUCGAUUCGGGCAGCCACCCUGGCAACCUCAGCCCUGGCCUUGGACACUCCGGCCCCGGUCCGAUGAACGAGGCCUAUCGUCGCAACUCCAAUGCCGAUGCCUUCCUUUCCGCCUCUCUCAACCCAUCGCUUUCUUACAAGGUGUCGGACGAGCGUGGUGCACGACACGGCAGUGGCGAGACUACCGCUCAGGAGUCCCGUCAACGGCGCAACGCAGAUGUAGACUUUGGCAGCCGCCGAGCCCCUGCAGAUGACGAUGACGACGGUGUCUUUGGUCGUAUGGAGGAGUAG